AGCAAGAGGAAGCAAUGCAACUGCAAGAACUCAAAGUGCCUGAAGCUCUACUGCGAAUGCUUCGCCUCCGGGUCCUACUGCAACCUCUCCUGCAACUGCCAGCUGUGUCAGAACAACGAAAACUACGAGAAGCAGAGAAAGUCGGCGAUCGACGCGACGCUGGAGCGAAAUCCUCUAGCCUUUCAACCCAAGAUCGCAUCCAGCGCUCCUCCCGGCAUCGAGGACUCGCCGGUGCAGGGGAGGCACACCAAGGGUUGUCACUGCAAGAAGAGUGGGUGCCUGAAGAAGUACUGCGAGUGCUUCCAGGCAGGAGUCCUGUGCUCGGCUCAGUGCAAGUGCCACGAGUGCAGGAAC